GGGGGGCAGCGCGGGGCGCGGAGCGGGCGCGGGGGAAGAUGGAAGGAGCGUCCUUCGGAGCGGGCCGGGCGGGGGGGGCCAUCGACCCCGUGGAUUUCCUCAAGCAGCCGCAGACCCUCCUCCGGGUGACCACCUGGAUCUUCUCCAUCGUGGUGUUCGGCUCCAUCGUCAACGAGUGCUACGUCAACAAGGACAGCCAGCACCCUGAGCUGCUCUGCAUCUUCAACGAGAAUGAGAGCGCCUGCAGCUACGGCAUCGCCGUGGGCGUCAUCGCCUUCUUCGGCUGCAUCUUCUUCUUCGUGGUGGACCUGUACUUCCAGCAGAUCAGCAGCGUCAAGGACCGCAAACGGGCCGUGCUGCUGGACCUGGGCUUCUCAGGUUUCAUGGCCUUCCUGUGGUUUGUGGCCUUUUGCUUCCUGGCAAACCAGUGGCAGAGGACGACGCUGACCAGGGGCUUCUCGCAGGGCGCCGACGCCGCGCGGGCGGCCAUCGCCUUCUCCUUCUUCUCCAUCAUCGCCUGGGUCGUGCUGGCACUGCGGGCGCUGCAGCGGUACCGCCUGGGCACGGACAUGUCCCUGUUCGCCACCGAGCAGUUCGGCACCGACCCCAGCGCCUCCUACCCCGGCGGCAGCGGCGUGGAGAGCACGGAGACCUACCAGAGCCCCCCGUUCACCGAGACCUUAGAGCCCAACCCCAAAGGUUACCAAGUGCCAGCGUACUGAGGGGCCGCGGCGGUGCCACCCUCGCCCGCUCCCAAAUGUCCCCAGCCCCGUUUCCUUGCCGUGGCCAGUCAGUGCCGGGUCCCUUUAUUAGCUCGUUGUGCAGUGAAUUCUGUACAGUGGUAUUGGUUCUUGUCUUACCUGUCCCAGGGUUUCUAAAAGCAGUGUUCCCUCUAAGCCAGGAGGAAGGAAGGUUGGUACCGCAUCACCCACACGCGGGGAAGAGGGGGAAAUGUCCCCUCCGAGCUCUGCUGGCAAAGCCCAGGACACCUUUUCCUCUUAGGAAACAGCAGCUGAGGAAUUUUUAUCUCGUUCUUCCAGAGCUAACACAGAAUCCAUCGAGGGUGGGUGGGCGGUGGGGGGAGCUGGCCCUGGCUGCUCCCGCUGUGGAGCUUCCAGUGCAGGUUCCAGGAAAGUGCCAAAUUCACAGGGAAAUCAGUGGUGUCUGUGUUGUUUUCCUUUGUAUAUACUUGCUGCACAAAACAAAUAUCCAAACAGGUGUUUCCAAACUUGGUUCAGAGGAACAGAGGGGGCACAGCAGGCCGGGGUUGGGAUCAGCAUCCAGAGGGCUUCUACGCUUCAACAGGUUCUGGUUGAGGGUUUCAAAAGUUACUGUUGGAAAGAGGAAACCAGCAGGAGCUGGUUGCUAACUGGGGCUAGCCUGUGAUCAGUGGGAAUGUGGCACUUUGUGGUUCUGGUUCCUCAUGGGGGAUUGGGAAAUUUGUAAAUUCCUGAGGAAAUUUUGGUUGGCAGCGCUGACACGUCCUCACCCCGGAGAGGUGAGGACCAAGGCGAGGGGCUCAGACUCGACAUCCAAGGCCAUUAGGAGCAAUACUGAAUUUGUAUUUUGAUUCUGGGAGCAGCCACCAUCUGUCAGCUGCAGCAGAGCCCCGGGUGGGGACACCUGUGUCACCCUGCAGCCUCCAGAAAACUCAAGCAGGGAACUGGAAAGGCUUCACAGCCCGGGUUUGGAAAUGGUGUGGGAAGAGUCAGUGAGAACCACCCAGGAAGGAGGCUCAGGUUGGGGGUUCAGCUGCAAAGAGCCAGGAAAAGGACAGAAUGUGUAAAAUCCAGCAUGUCCUGGCCAGCCCUGUGCCAGCUUUCCCUGCCCGUGUGGCAGCUGGUCCAGGCUGUGCCCCCGAGGGCUGAGCAGAGGGGCUGAAACUUGAAUUCCCAAUCCCCACCUGAAUUCCCAAUCCCCACUGAAUUCCCAGUCCCUGGCUGGCAGCUCCUUCCCUGGGGGCUCCGGGCUCCUGCCUCGCCUGCUCGGCAAAGCCACCACUGCCUUGUGACCUCCUGAGCAGCAAUAGCCACCCCUGUCCCCUCCCUGCCACAGGUCCUGGUCACAGCCGCGGCCACAGCUCAUUCCCGCUGCGCUAAUUAAUGAGCAGCAGAUAAAUGCACUAAUUAAGCAGCCAAUCACCCCGAGAGGUCACUGCCGGUGGCGAAGUUCCUUGCCUGGGCUCCAGGUCCUGGCUGUGCCCAGCCCCUCACAGGUGCCUGACCACGGACACCCCAGUGCAGAAUCAGCCUCAAGGAAUUCCGAGAUCUUUGUGGUUUUGUGGAGUCGGUUUUGCUGGGAAAGAAAAAAAAACCCCGAGGCUUUUAAUACAGGGUACGGUAGAACUGUAGCAAUACUUUCCUUAGAGGGAACACUGAAACUUUAGCAGCACAAACAGUACUUGUGUUAAUAUUUUAGCAAAAUUAUAAUCAAUUUAAAUGUUUAAAUUGAUUGUAUGUGAGAUAAUGUUCGUUGGGUACAGUGUAUUUUUUCUAACUAUAAUAUUACUGUUCCAGAGUUUCCGUGUAAACGUAAAGAGCUAAAGCUGUGUCUGCCUGCGGGACACGUCCUGCCCCGUGUGCCCCCCGUGCUGAAUAUUACACGCUCUGAAUGUCCCCCCCAGGCCUGCAUUGCCUUUCUUUGCCCCCACACGCACAUCCCACCACGCUCUGACCUCGGGAGCAGCAGCAGGGACGCAGGGACCACGCCAGCACAACUCCUGCACAACUCCUGCUGCUUCCCGAGGGCUGCUCCAGCUCCCCAGGGUCACCUUCCCCUUGCAGGGAGCAGCAGGGAGGGCUGGGUGCCCCCGAGGCUUCCCAAAAAGCACAGGAGAUGCUCCUUGAUUUAACCAGAGCUGGGAAUAAAGAACCUGUCCAGCCUCAGCACUCAACAGGCACCCGGGGGGAGCUGAGCCCCGAUGCUCUGCGCCCAAAGCGCCGGUGCCAGGCAGCGCAGGGGUGGCACCGUGCUGGGGUGGCACUGGACGGGCAGCUGGGACAGGCAGGAGGCACAGCUGGAGCGUUUUUCCAGGGAAUAGCGCUGGGCUCAUGUCCCAAGGCCGUGUCACCAGGCAGGAUGGGACAGCCCCGAACUUCCUGGUGUGGUGAAAGCCUUCACCCACCUCAGCCAACCCCAUCUGGGGGUUGUUGGUGCAGCUGGAGCCCUGGGUGACACCUGUGCCUGGAAUCCUGCCCCCAAGCCUUUGGGAGCCCUCCCGGUGUCCCCACAGUGGGGCUGUCACCAAACACACCCCUGGCUGCAGUAAGCGUGGGGUGCUGGGGGUUCAGGGGUUUGGAGCAUCCAUUUUCCUCUUUUCUCCUCCUUUUCUCGCAGCUGUGCCUCAGCAGCACUCACCCCCUUGUCACCACCCAGGCCACAUCUAAGAGGACGCCAGGGCUGUCCCAAAAUUGUCCCAAAAGCAUGCCAGGAUUGUCCUGAGCGUGCCAGGGCUCUGCCAUCCUCACAAGCUGUUUGUAGCCCUCUGUUCUCCCCAGAGCUCAGCAGCACCUCGAGCUCACAGAGGGCACAGCUGUGCUCAGCCCAGCCCAAAAGCUUCUGCACAGUGUUAGCACUAAAUUUGGGUGUAAAGAGUAGAAUUCCAGCAUUCUGCCUUUCCUGGGGCUGCGUUCUGCCCCACCCAUCCUCUUGCUCCAGGAGGUUCUGUCACACCACCACUGCUCUCAGUAACCUCAAGCACAAUUAAAGAUUUGGAAUUUUUGCCAACAUUUCGAGCUGUUCCUAGCAAAGGUGGAAGCUUUGCUUAAGUGAUGUUCUGUAAAAAAUAUUCUCCCCUGUGGAUUGAUUACCUGCUGUGUGUCAGGGGCUGGAAAGCAAACCCCUCCCUUCACAGGACAGCACAUUUGGGAUCUCACUGCUCUGGUGCCUGGACACUGGGAUGAGAUUCCCAUCAGUUCACGCCACAACAAAAAGUGACACCCACAGCAUUUCUGCUCCCCUCCCAUCCUGGCUCUGUUCCUUAGGAAAUCCCAUCAUUUUCCCGUGCAGUGGGUAUUUCUCUCAAUAAACUGCUGGGUAUUUCUCUCAGUAAAAACUGCUGGGUAUUUCUCAGUAAAAGCUCCUGUGUAUUUCACAGAGUCCUCCCAGCCCAUGCUGUCCCCAAGCAGGUGGCUCUGGUCCCCUCUGGUCCCCCCUGGUCCCGUUCUCAGUUGCAUUUUGCCUCCGUGUGUGUCACAAGCCCCUCUCCCCUCUCAGUGAGGCUCAGGCUCAGCCCUCACUGCCUCAACUUGAAGCCCCAGUUCAGCUGCCUGGAUUUUGUUGCAAUACACAUUCAAACCUCAGCUCCUUUCAGUUUUAAUCUCCACCUGAGGGUCGGGAAGUUCAGUUUCUUUGCCAAUACCUCUGUCCAAGCAGACGCUUCCAGGAGUUGCAGUUGUCACUAACCUCUGUGCAGUGUAGUAUAAAGUGGACUGUGUAUGGAAAUAAGUUUAAAAUGUUUACAAUUUUGUAUAUAUUAUAUACAUAAAAAUAUCUUUUGAGAGAACAAUCUGUGAUUCUGUAUUUUCGGUGUCUGUGUAACCAACUGCAACUUAUUUUCAAUAAAGAGCUAAAAAUGAAUAGAAAAAAAAAAA